AUGUCAGAACCUAUAGUAAUGUCUUCCAAAAUGGAAAAGAAUACCGAGUUCGAAGUAACAGACUCGCCUUUAUAUAACAACUUCAAUACAUCAACCACAGCGUCGUUAUCUCCAGAAGUUAAAGAGCACUCUGAGGAAUCCCGAAAUGGGUUGGUCCACAGAUUUGUCGAUUCGUUUAGAAGAGCUGAGAGCCAGUGUCUAGAAGAGAAUAACGACUUGGAGGAUGGUACCAGGCCGAUGAAAUCGAACAAUCAUUUGAAGAAGUCAAUGAAAUCGAGACAUGUCGUUAUGAUGUCUCUAGGUACGGGUAUAGGAACAGGUCUGUUGGUUGCCAACGCCAAGGGUUUGAAACUUGCUGGCCCAGGGUCUUUAGUCAUUGGCUAUGUUCUGGUCUCCUUCAUCACGUAUUUCAUGGUCCAAGCGGCCGGUGAAAUGGGUGUCGCUUAUGCGACACUCCCAGGUAACUUCAAUGCGUACAAUUCGAUAUUCAUUUCAAAAUCAUUUGGUUUCGCUACCACUUGGUUAUUUUGUAUCCAAUGGCUUACUGUUCUACCGUUGGAAUUGAUUACUUCCUCCAUGACCAUCAAGUAUUGGAAUGAUUCAAUCAAUGCAGAUGUGUUUAUUGUCAUCUUUUAUGUCUUUUUAUUGUUCAUCCACUUUUUUGGUGUUAAGGCGUACGGUGAGACGGAAUUCAUCUUCAAUUCCUGUAAAAUUUUAAUGGUUGCGGGAUUCAUAAUCUUAUCAGUCGUUAUUAAUUGUGGUGGUGCUGGUGUGGACGGUUACAUUGGCGGUAAAUAUUGGCGCGAUCCUGGUUCAUUUGCAGACGGCAGCAAUGCCACUCGUUUCAAAGGUAUUUGUUUUAUUCUUGUAACCGCGUAUUUUUCCUUCGGUGGUAUUGAAUUGUUUGUUCUUUCCAUCAAUGAACAAUCUAAUGCUAGAAAAUCCACUCCCCUGGCCGCCAAGAGAAGCGUGUAUCGUAUCCUGAUCAUUUAUUUGUUGACCAUGAUUCUAAUCGGUUUCAAUGUUCCUCACAAUAACGACCAAUUGAUGGGUUCUGGAAGUGCGGCAACACAUGCUUCACCAUAUGUAUUGGCAGCCUCUAUUCACAAAGUCAGAGUCAUUCCUCAUAUCAUAAACGCUGUCAUUUUAAUAUCUGUCAUCUCCGUAGCAAACUCAGCCCUCUAUGCUGCACCAAGAUUGAUGUGUUCUUUGGCUCAACAGGGUUAUGCUCCAAGAUUUUUGAACUAUAUCGAUAGAGAAGGGAGGCCAUUACGUGCCUUAGCAGUAUGCGCUCUUGUGGGUGUCGUCGGCUUCGUUGCUUGCUCCCCACAAGAAGAGCAAGCGUUUACAUGGUUAGCUGCUAUCGCAGGUUUGAGUGAAAUCUUUACAUGGUCAGGAAUCAUGCUUUCUCACAUCCGAUUCAGGAAAGCUAUGAAAGUUCAAGGAAGAUCACUUGGUGAACUUGGGUAUAAAGCCAACACCGGUAUAUGGGGUUCGUACUACGGGGUUUUCUUCAAUAUUCUUGUAUUCAUGGCACAGUUCUGGGUAGCACUGUCGCCAAUAGGCAAUGGCGGCAAGUGUGACGUUCAAGCCUUCUUCGAAGGUUACUUGGCUGCACCCCUAUGGAUUUUUAUGUAUUUAGGAUACAUGCUUUACAACAAGGAUUUCACCCUUUUAAACCCAUUGGAUAAAAUUGACUUGGACUUCCACAGAAGGGUUUACGAUCCUGAAAUAAUGAGGCAAGAGGAUGAAGAAAACAAAGAGAAACUAAGAAACUCCUCGAUAUUCUUCAGAAUGUAUAACUUUUGGUGUUAA